CAGUGUGUACUACGCGUGUAAUAUCGCAGCGUGUAUAACGUGUAUAUUCUCUAUAUAGGCAGGAAGUAGUGCAUGCACAAGCGACGAUGUCGUACAUUUGUUGCACAAAAAAGGCCAAAUAAACAAAGUAAUGUACACACGGCGAGCAAUAGAACGUUGACUGCAAGUGCGUACACAUAUAUACGUGCUACGAGCUGCAGUGGAACAGUGGAGAAAUAAAUAAUCGACGAGUCUCGCGAGUGCAGUGAUCGCGCGCUCGCUCGAGAGCUCUGUUGCAGUGAGAGGUGCAUGCAUACAUGCAGCAGCGAAGAUAUCUAUUCCUUGCAAUUAAAUUGCUCGAAAGAGAGAAAGAGCAGCAGGCUCUGUUUGCUGUAUAUAUGCAAGAGAGCCGCGAGUAUAUAUUGGCAGUGUGACGCAUAUUCCUCGUCGUGUGCAAGAAAGCAGCAGCCUGCACUUUCGAUGAAGGCUUCGUGUCACCUUAAUACGGCCGAUUGCUGACGAACAUUGCGAUAAUUCCCCGGAUUUGAGGAAAUUUAUCCAAGCUCGGUAUUUCUAGGAAGAGCAUGGCAGAAGCUGGAGGCUUUAUUAACAAACCUCCAAGGGGUUGGUUGCAUCCAGAUCAUCUUGUAAGCAAAGAUGGUGUCUCAUAUGCUGUCAGGUAUAUUGGAUGCGUGGAAGUUCACUCAUCAAUGAAAAGCCUGGACUUUGAAACUCGGUCUAGUGUAGCCAAAGAAUGUAUCAACAGAGUGUGCGAGGCAGCCGGAUUAAAAUCGGCUGAUAAAAAAAGAAGGGUUCCCAGACAAGUUUUGAGAGCUAUUGCGGACAAGCCAGAUAUGAAACAUGCUGGAUCAAAUAUUAACUUAGCUAUAAACAGUGAAAGUUUAACUUUAACAAAUUUGGAAACUGGUCAAGUUAUAGCAAAACAUGAUAUGCCUAGGAUAUCCUUUGCUUCUGGAGGGGAUACAGAAAUUUUGGAUUUUGUAGCUUAUGUAGCAAAAGAUAAACAAGAGUGGAGGGCUUGUUAUGUAUUAGAAUGUGGAGGUGGUUUAGCUCAAGAUGUCAUCUCUACCAUAGGACAAGCAUUUGAGUUGCGAUUUAAAGAAUUUCUCACAAAACCAGCUACUUUACAGCCAGUAUUAAAUGGCACUCGGGAACCAGAUCGUGAUUAUUACAAUGAUUUACCUGGUAAAGUCCCACCAGAUAUAGGUCCACCACCAGUACCACCACUACCAGUGUGUUCUUCAACUCUUCCUAACAUGAAGCAUCAUACAAAUUCUAGUUUAAAUGCCGCAAGUAGUAGUGGUGCUCAAAACAAACCCCAGUCUAAUACAAUCGAAAGAGGAGGAAGGCAUACACAUCAGUGGCCUGAAACUGGAAAUCUGAUUGACUUGAGUUCAGAUGGCUUAUCAUCAAGUGUAGAUCCUGAACAUAAUUAUGUUAAUGAUACUGUAGUUGUGGAAAAUCGUAAUCGAAGAGAACCCUCUACUUUGUUUGAUGCUUUUGAUAUGCAACCAUUCAGCACAGCCAUUUCAGAAAUGAACAAAACAAAAAACCAUCCACUAAGUGAAAAACAGCAAUUAAAACAAGAAGCCUGGUAUCAUGGAGUUGUCAAUCGCGCGGAUGCUGAAGCCAUGUUGAAACGAGAUGGAGAUUUUUUAGUUCGCGAAUCACAAGGUACACCUGGUCAAUACGUUCUUACAGGAAUGAAUAAUGGGAUUCCAAAACAUUUAUUGCUGAUUGAUCCUGUUGGAAUUGUAAGAACGAAAGACCGAGUUUUCGAUAGUGUAAGCCACCUGGUCAAUCAUCAUUGUGAUAAUGCUCUUCCGAUCAUAUCUGCUGAUAGUGCCCUGGUUCUUAGGCAUGCUGUACCAAAACGAACAGCAUGUUAGAGUUUCCUUUUAACGAGUGUUUUAUUUGUAUAACGAAUUGACGUUGGACGAUUGAGCUAUCCAUGAAAUUAUUCUCCGACAAUCUUAUUUUUGUACAAUAUAUUUUAUAUAAUACGUAAGGUUUUAAAAUGUCUAAUUGUAAUAAACGAACUCUUAUCAAGUAAGCGUCGAAUCUAGCUGAUGAAAACGGACAAAUACUGUACAUUUUUCACAUCAGUUUGAAUCAACAUUUUAGAGAUAUCUUUAACGUAAAAAUAUACUUCGCAAUUUUAUAUUUUUAUACAUAAAAAGUCAUCUUUAUUUUAUUUCAAUAAUGUUUAUUAUGUAGCCUUUGACUAUGUUAUAAUUAAUUUCGUCAAUGUUGAAGCAUGAAAUCAAUAGUUAAACGGAGCAUUAAAAGUGCAUCCUCAUUAUUGUUGAUCGUUAUGUAGAAAAAUUUGUAGUCCUAUAAGAAUAACUAAUUUAACUUACAUUAAAACACAAAGAUUUAAAUUAAAAAAAAAAAUCAAAAUUAUCUCCACUGUUGAAAUAUACAUUAAAAUAUGUUCACAAUUUCAUUAAGAAAUUGUAAUUAGAUGUUUGCUGGAUGCUUUGCUUAUUAAAUUGUCGAUUGUGCGUGAUAUUGUCGAUUUGUAAAAAUAAAUAAAUUUUUAUAAAAUUUUAAAUCGUAAUAAAAUCUUUUAUUUGUA